AUGACCCGCAUAAAACCACGCCCCGUUCUUUCUGAGGAAUUCGCAAAUUCGGAUUCUGUAUACUACCGAAAACCAGGUAAUGAAUCGGUCAUUGGUGCAGGCACUUACGGCAAGGUUUUCAAGGCGAUUCAUGUGUACACCCAGCGUAAAGUUGCGCUCAAAAAGAUCAGAAUGGAGGGUGAGAAGGAUGGCUUCCCUGUGACCGCCGUUCGAGAAAUCAAGCUGCUUCAACAUCUUCGCAAUAACAACGUUGUCAGCUUAUUAGAAGUCAUGGUGGAGAGGAAUGAGUGUUUCAUGGUGUUUGAAUACCUCUCGCACGACCUGACUGGUUUGAUCAACCACCCGACCUUCACUCUAACAGAAGCGCACAAGAAGGACCUCGCCAAGCAGAUGUUUGAAGGCUUAGAUUAUCUCCACCACCGAGGCGUCAUGCACCGUGAUAUCAAGGCUGCUAACAUCCUGAUCAGCAACCGAGGGCAGCUGAAGUAUGCCGAUUUUGGCUUAGCACGAUUCUUCUCCAAAAGUCGCCAGCUAGAUUAUACGAACCGUGUCAUCACCAUCUGGUACCGACCACCGGAGCUACUACUUGGUGAGACUCGGUACGGUCCCGCUGUUGAUGUCUGGAGUGCGGCUUGCGUAUAUGUUGAAAUGUUCACGAAGAAGGCUGUUUUCCCGGGUGAGGGAGGGGAGAUAAGUCAACUUGACAAGCUCUACAAUUGCCUUGGCACCCCGAACCGCGCCGAAUGGCCAGAUUUGAUUGAGAUGCCUUGGUUCGAGCUAAUGCGCCCGACGGAGCGGAAGAAGAGGAUCUUUGAGGAGGUCUACGGCGAAAUCCUCUCGCCAGCAGCUCUCGAUCUUAUAUCUCAGGUCUUCCAGUAUGACCCUGCGAAACGACCCACCACUGGGCAGAUAUUGGCGCACCCAUACUUCACCACGGAGGAGCCACGGCCUCAGCAAGCUAUCGAGCUCGAGAACAUUGAGGGUGAUUGGCACGAGUUUGAGUCUAAGGCCCUCCGCAGAGAGAAGGACAAAGAACGCCGGGCAGAGUACCAGAGGGAUAAAGAGAAGCGCAAGUCGAGGAUUUUAUAUGGACGGAGAGAACGGGACGGAGCUGGAAAAACCACGGAGGCGGAAAAGCAGCGGGGCAGAGAGUUGAUUGGUUAG